CAUUAAAACAAAUAACAAAAAAUUGUGUGUUUCAAUAUUACAAAGUUUUCAAAUCCUUUGCAAUAUCACAAUAAAUAUUACUGAAAUAAGGUUAAUAAUUAUAAACUUCCACUACUUUCAAAUUUAAAUUAAUAGGAACGGCCAUUUUCUCAGUUGACCAACCAAUACCAACCAGGCAGUGCUGUUAAGUUUUACAGUUAAACAUGAAAUCACUAAAACUUGCUAGUAAAACAAAAUUCAUUAUGAAAGAAAUGUAUGAAUAUACCUAAUUAACAAAUCGAAUUAUUUUUUUAAAGGUGUGUAAGUAAAUAUGAGCAUGCAAAACGAGAAAUGUUGAAGUGCACAAUAUCAUUGCUUCUACGAUGUCAUGUUUUUUACGAUACAUAUCUAGGGAAUAUAAUUUUUUGUGUAAGAAACUACCUAGUGAAAAUACUAAAGCGUCAGCCUUAUAUGCUGUGCAGUCGGUAUUGUUACAAACAAGUAAUAUCCAGUGGCAACUACGUAUACGUUUGAGAUAUACACUUUAUGAAUCAAAAAGUAUUAGCUGCGAUUGAGAUUUCGUUCCAUUCGUAUCGAAGGUGAUGAAUACCAAGUGAGAAACAAGCAAGACAGGGGAAGAUAACUAUAUUGCCUAAAACUUCUGUCAAUGUGUAGCUCACAACUGUGCAUUACUCAACUUACAAACUUUGCAAUAACAUUCGAAUUUGUUAGCCAGUAAUUAACACAAUUCACGUCGCAAUGAUUCAUACUAUGUCGAUUACAUUUAUGUUUCCUCAGGAUAUCCAAUGAAUGCAAAAAUGUGUUUAUUCACUAAUGUAUAUAAAAUAUCUUAAAUAAUAAUUAUGAUGAAAUUACGAAACACAAUUUUAGGGGUGUAUGACUAGAGGAAUACAUGGAAUCAAAAUGGCACGUAGACGUAAAACUGAAAUGAAAUCAUCCGUAAAAUCAUCUAUUAAAUAUGUACCUGUUAGAAAAUCUAGUAGACAGAUAGCUAAAAAGCAAUCAGAAGAGAAAAAGGUUAACGGUGAAAUUUUACAAAUAUCUUACUUAAAUAAUUCUGAAGAUGGUAGAAGCGCUACAGAAUAUCCGAACCAAGUACUUCCUAAGAAGAAUCAAAACUCUGUAAGGAAGCAUAAUAAGCACAAAAAUGGUUCUAAUAGUAACGUACUUGCAAUUAACGAAGAAUACGCGUAUUCAACAACGUCGCAAUAUAAAAAGGACUCUAGCGAAAGCGAUAGUCAAGACGGAGUAGAUAUUAUAAUUGAUCAAUCCGAAGAACUUAGUCCGGAAGAUGUCCAACAAGUAGUCGUUGGUAAUCCAAGUAAGGAAAUUUUAACCGAAGUUGAUUCCAAUGAAAUCGAAAUAUGGCCGGAAGAUGUGAUAGAAGAAACAAUAAUUUGCGAAGAGAUGGAAGUUAAAGAUGACGUUAAAGAUAACAAUUAUAGCCUGAAAGAAGAGGAUAACGCGAUGGUAAAAGAGGUGUUACUAGUGAAUAAUCCUUCGUUAGAAAAAAAAAAUUUUUUGGAAUAUACUGUGAUACAAAAUGAGAAUAGUGCGGCAUCCAUGUUAAUAGAAUGCGAUUCGAUAAACACGUCGAGUAACGAGUGUUGCUGUGACGUGGAGAAGAAUAUGUGCGCUUUGCAUAGAAGUAAAACAGACAAUUCCAUAUCAGGUUUAUGUACAGAGGUGCCAAUUACUUGUAUCGAUAAAAACAAUGAAUAUACUCGUAACAGUAAGACUAUCCUUAACGAUCAAGAAGAAUUACAGGUAAAUAAUGGUACAAGCGUUAAAAAGUCACAUGAAAAUUUAUCUAAAGACGAGUUCUGUAAAAUAGAUAACAAAUUAGCAGAAAUGCAAAUUAACGAAUCUUCCAAAGAAAUACAAAAGUUAGUCAAUGAUUUAUCUAAUAUUGAAAAUAUAAUGUCUCCGCUACAAAUUACCGACAACAUAGAGAAAGUAAUACCGAUGAGUGUCGACGAUGAAAGCAGUUCGUCGAUAUUAGAUAAAAUGGAACAGUUACAUCAAUCGAAUAAUUCUGCUACCUUGCUCGAUACGAUAGAUAAAAACACAAUCGAAUUAAAUAAGUCUGAUUCUUGCAAUGAUAAAGUAGAAUGUACAAAUCAGAAUGUAUUGAAAUUGAAAGUUUUACAAGAUAAAAAGAACGAAAAGGUUCAAAGGAAACCAAUGAAUUCGCAACAGAUUAACGAAGAAUACGGUGACAGUGAAGCAGAUAGCAAACUUGAUGGAGAAGAUACUAAAUUAUCUAGUAGUAGUGAUAAUAGUAACGACACGUUAUUGUCCAUGAAUAAUUGUAAACUGACAGAACUCGACCCAAAGUGUAAUAACAGCUCGAAUGAUAUCGAUAAAAGAAGCGAAUUUAGAAGCAGGAGCGGUAGUACCGAUACAACAGGUUCGGAAAGUGGAUCAAAUAGUUCUGGUGUAAGAAGAAGUAGUAGAAUCAGGUCGAUCGGUUUAAUGAAACAAAGGUCUCGCGGACGCGGUUUAGUCACGAAACCCAAUAUAGAUGUUUCAAAACCAAUCGUUCAACCGGAACGAGAAAAAAUAAUUAACAAUAAUUGUUCGAUUAGCAGUGAAGUUAAAAUUGAUAAUACAACUGAACCGCAAUCGGAUAAAGAAAAUAAUGUUAAUAAAACAGCGAAUACGUUCGAUUCUGUUACAUCGUUAGCAACAAACUGCGCUACUACAGGCUACGAUUCAGAUUCUUCGAAACCCGUUAAAGUAAAAUCUCGUUGGCGAAGAUCAAGUGAACUUGAAAUGGGUGGAUCAAGUACAGGUGCUGUAUCCGCGUUAACAAUUGGAUCUCUGUUACCAAACGCAACCACAAAUAUAUCCGAGACAGGUUCAUCUUCGACUGCUCUUAAAUUUACGACUGGAUCUCUGACGGAUAUUAGUUGCUCCGACUCUGGAUCUGGCUCAACAGUCACAAAUACUCAAUCUAACGUAGAUACAGAACAAACGAAAGAAACUUUAAUAACUAAUACCACUAAUAUUGUACAAAUUCCAAAAACUGUCGGCGCCAAAAUUUUCUUACCUAUGGUUCCUGAGAUAAAAGACAGAGAAAUGGAAGAAAGGCUAAGUCAGUUUGAAUAUUUGCAUGAAAAUUUAUAUCUAACGGAAAGGUAUACAAACAAAGAAACGAAACGCAUGGUGUGCGACUGUUUUUUAACGGACGAAGAGAUUGAGAGAGGAGAAUUAGGUUGCGGAGAGGAUUGUUUGAAUAGACUACUUAUGAUAGAAUGUGGUCCUAGAUGUAUAGUUGGUGACCGUUGUACAAAUAAAAGAUUUCAAAAUUGUGAAUACGCCAAGUGUGAAGUAUUUAGAACCGAGAAAAAAGGAUUUGGAUUGCGAGCUAUCGUAGAUAUGCUAGCAGGAGAAUUUAUAAUGGAAUACGUAGGUGAAGUGGUUGAUCCAAAAGAUUUCCGACGUAGAGCAAAGGAAUAUUCAAAAGAUAAAAAUAAACAUUAUUAUUUUAUGGCAUUAAAAUCUGAUCAAAUUAUUGAUGCCACUAUGAAAGGAAACGUUUCACGAUUCAUUAAUCAUAGUUGUGAUCCGAAUUCUGAAACACAAAAAUGGACGGUUAACGGGGAACUAAGAAUAGGUUUCUUUAAUAAAAAAUUCAUAGCUGCCGGUGAAGAAAUUACAUUCGACUAUCAUUUUCAACGUUAUGGUAAAGAGGCGCAGAAAUGUUUUUGUGAAGCUCCUAACUGCCGUGGUUGGAUCGGUGAGACGCCUGAAGAAGAGAAAGAAAAGAUUGAGAAGAAAGAGAAACGUGAUAAAGAUAUGAGAAAGAAGAAAGGUGAAAAGAAACAAGCCGAUUACAUGGAAGAUGAAGAUUUGGAAGAAGAAAUAGAUAAGCUAUGCUUAGGUGGUUUGAAAAAUAGAGCUCAUACGUUAACGUUAAGUAGACUAAUGGUACGUAGCAGAGAAUUAGAACACAGGACGCGGCUUCUACGUCUAAUACAAAGCGGAGAACAACCAUGUAGAAGAUUAUUUUUGGAUUAUCAUGGUUUACGUUUGAUUUGGAGCUACGUUAUGGAUGUUUCAACGAACGAUUCGGAAGAGGCACAACAAUUCCGGCUAGAAGUUUUGAAGACACUAAACACACUCCCGAUUCCUAAUAAAACAAUGUUAAUGGAUAGUAAAAUUUAUAACGUCGUCGAAAAGUGGUCGAGACGAUUAUAUUUUUCUCCUAGCGGAGAUUCACCGGAAGACGAUCAAGAAAAAGUAAAAGGAAAUUGCGAGGAAUUGCAAAGCAAUUAUGAUGUUAAUCAAUUAACCGAUACAGAAAAACAAGAAAAUAACAUAGAAAAUAGCGAAAUAAAAUUGGAUAACGGAGAUCGAAAUCUUAUUCCUGAGUUAGCCUCCAGUCUGUUAGCUGAAUGGUCAAAUUUGAAGGAAGUUUUUCGUAUACCAAAAAAAGAAAGAAUUGAACAAAUGAAAGAGCACGAAAGAGAAGCAGAUCGUGGAUACAGAGAAGAAUUAGAAAAGGAGGAGAAAAGAGGAACGUCGUAUGACAGACAUAGAUCCGAUAGAUACGGAAGAAACGAAACCGAGAAACGUGGAGAUAGAAGACGGGGACGAGAAUCUCCAGAAUCUGAGCACACUCGUACAAAAGAUAAAAGAGUAGAAGAAAGAAGUAGUUUAGUUCCAAUUCCGCGUAUGACGAAGUACGAACGUAGACAAUUAUUUGCCUUGAAAGUUGCUAAAGAGGAAGAAGAACGACAACGUCGACAGCAACAAGAAUCGUGGCAAGAUCAUGAGACAAGAUGUCUAGCGUUAAGUAUAGAUCCUCAUACGACGGCUAUGGUAGAUCCGCAAACAGGAUAUCCCGUUUUUUACAAUCCAUCUAUUGGCCAGUGGCAGCAGUACCCUACGCAAGACAGCGAAAUAAGUCAACAAUGUACCCCGAUAUACGUAGGAGGUGCACAAGCGGUUGCUGGUCAUUCUCAAUCUGGAAUAGUAUCACAAAAUUCACACGUACUACCACCAUCGAUUCCAUCCGAGAUAUCAUCUGGAAUGUCGAGCAGUAUACCUUCCGGUGUACCUCCAGUAAUAUAUACGAUAAGUCAAACGCCUGUGUUCAAUCAAACUACGACAACAGCAUAUUCUUUGUUAUCUCAUUGUCAUCAACAAUAUCCCGAAGGUCAAUUGUCACUUCCAAAUAGCAUAGUACAUAGCGGAACAUCAGUCACCAUUCAAUCUCAAUCUCUGUACGAACAUAUUGAAAAGCAACAGCAGUCGGAUCAACAAUUUCAACAAUCUACCUUUAGACAAGCACAACCGGAAGUACCUCCUAUAGAUUUACCACCUAAAUGGAAAAGUGCAACCGACGCCAGAGGCAGAACGUAUUACUAUCACGUGAAAGAGCGAAUAUCGCAGUGGUUACCUCCUCCGCCGGAUCAUAUUGGAGUUCAGCCAGAUUCCUCGUCAACUUCAGAAUCUAGCGAAGAAUCUAGUUCGUCGAACGAAGAUGAGGAAGACAUUGUUGAUGAGGAUAACAACGAAGAUUCACGAAACGAAGAAUUGAGUUUAAAUAAUAUUUUAGUAGAAAAAUCAUUGGAUGGUUCUAAACAUAAUGCGUGUAAGAAAAGUGCUUUUCACUUGACCGGAAAUGCUGGAUUGUUACCGGAGGGCAAGAAAAGAAGAGAAGGUUUAGUUCAAGAAAGAAUUAUUAGUCCACGUCGAGAAGAGGAUCGUAUGGAUCAUAAAACGCACAAAGGAAUAAAGGAAAAAUUACGUCGUCAAAAAGAAAGAGCAAAAUUUAAAGAACACGUUGACAAAAUGCGAAGGCAUCGACGCAAUAACAAAUCUAAAUCACAUUCGCGACAUAGUUUAAGUAAAUUACAAUCACCUUCAACAGAUUUGUCAACAAUGUCAGAAAGAAAGAUUAAAGAUACUUUCCGAAUAAAUAUGGCCAACGUGAUGGUACACUUUUUGAAUCCUUAUAGAAAAAAUGAUUGUAAACAAGGUAGAAUAACUAAUACAGAAGAUUUUAAACAUCUAGCUAGAAAGCUUACCCAUUUUGUACUUGCUAAAGAAUUAAAACACUGUAAAAGUGUCGAUGAAUUACAGUGUAACGAAAAUGUUAAACAUAAAGCUAAAGAUUUUGUACGUAAGUAUAUGAGUAAAUUCGGUGCAGUUUACCAAAAAAGUACAGACGAAGAUUAAUUAUAUAAUUUAUAACGUGAAAUUGUUAUUUAUUAUACGAAUUCUUUCAUUUUGUUCAUUGUAAUAUACUUAUUAGAAAAAUACACCUACAAAACGCCUGUAUGUAGAUACAUUUGUAAUUAUUAUUAUUAUUAUUAUUGUAACAUAGGUCAAUUUGUACAUGCUUCAUAAACAUUCUCGUAAUUUAGCUAUUAAAAGAAAAUUAGUAAAUUUCUAACUUCGUACGUUUAAUGUGUAAACUUGAUAUUUAAUUUGGUAUAAAAUAAUAUGUCUGUUAUAUCUUUUUAAAAAAUAUUGCAUUUUAUGUCCUGCUACAAAUGUAUAUCUUAUAUAGUUACGUACUGACCUAUCUUUUAUAUCGGUUUCAAAAGGAAAAAAAAGGACAUUAAAAUCUAUAUUUUGUUGUUAAAUGUCAAUAUUAAAAUCUUAAACAUUGUAAAUAAUAUAUAUUAUACAAAUUUUUAACUGUUUCAUAAAAGUAAAUUGCAAUUACUAUUUCCUUAAUACGUGUAAAAAGUAAAUGAAAAAUAAUAAAUUUUGCAUUUAUAAACUUAA